UUGAUAAAAACUAAUUUCUUGAGCUUGAAUUGAACUGUAAGCCCUCAGAAAAGAGCGUCGUUUCAUCUUCUUCUUCACCCUCACUCUCGACGCCUCUGCUACAAAGAAAUGGCUUCCAGUUCCAUCCCUCUCCUCAAUCUCUCCGUCAAAACCGCCUUUAGAGCCGCUCUAAUCCCUCACUCCUCCGCCAUCAAAUCCCGCCACCGUUCUUCUCUCCCUUUUCUCCCCUCUAAACCCGCAAAAUCCACCGUCUUUCGCAUGUCCUACAACCCUACUCCAGCCACCGACCGCGUCAUCUCCGCCGUUGCCUACACUCUCCCCUUCUUCAACUCCCUCCAGUACGGCCGCUUCCUCUUCGCUCAGUACCCGGCCCUCGGCUUCGCCUUCGAGCCACUCCUCCCGAUUCUAGGGCUUUAUCGCUCGAUCCCGCACGCAAGCUUCGUCGCGUUCUUCGCGCUUUACUUGGGCUUGGUCCGAAACCCUAGCUUCAGCCACUACGUGCGCUUCAAUUCGAUGCAAGCGGUGACUCUGGACGUGCUGCUGGUGGUUCCGUUGUUGAUACAGAGGAUUCUGAGUCCGGGUCGGGGCGGAUUAGGGUUUCAGAUAAUGGUUUGGGGCCAUAAUGGAUUGUUUGUUUUCAGUGUUUUGUGCUUUGUUUAUAGUCUGGUUUCUUGCCUUCUGGGUCGAACCCCUCACUUGCCCAUUGUUGCUGAUGCUGCUGGCAGGCAGAUUUAGCUUCAGGGGCUACUAUGAUGUGGCAAUCAACUAAUAUUUGUAUGAUGGAUUUGGGGAUUGUUUACCGAUGACCUAAAUUUUGUGAAAUUGAAAGGGUUUGAAGGGGAAUAGGUUGCGAGAAUAUGAUGUAUAUGAGAAUUGUUUAAUACUACCAAACUUAUUAUACUUCGACCAUCUACAAGCAAUUAUAGUACAAACAUUGUAUAUAACAAUUAUUUCCAAGCUUAAGAAGUAAACUAAAUGGAAAAUAAUUAUAUAA